GGGCUGCAUUUCCUAGCGAGCCUCCUGACGCGGCGUUUGCGUGGUCCGUCCGGAAAUUCGGUUGUUAGGUCAAGCGGUGGCACAGCAGGCUGCGCAGCAAGUACAAAGCGAAUGCUAAGUGCGCGAUCGGCCUGGUGCAUGGUCUCCAUGGCCACGCGCGCCUGUGUAUCGCGGGGCAGCGCGGGAUCCGCGGCAGCAGGGCCAGUGGAAACCGCUAUUCGCGCCAAAUUGGAGCAAGCCCUGAGCCCCGAGGUACUGGAGCUGCGCAACGAGAGCGGCGGCCACGCAGUCCCAGCAGGCAGCGAGACUCAUUUCCGCGUGGCGGUGGUGAGCUCUCGUUUCGAGGGGAUGAGUCCCUUGCAACGGCACCGGUUGAUCCACGAGGCACUGUCGGAGGAGCUGGCUGGGCCGGUACAUGCGCUGGCCAUCCAGGCGAAGACGCCGGCCCAGUGGAGAGAGAACCCACAGUUGGACAUUAGUCCCCCCUGCCUAGGUGGAAGCAAGAAAACUCGAGGGACCUCUUAAUAAAUACCCGGAUUGGGAGAACAAUGAUCCGAAUGGGUCGACUGAGAAUAAACUACUGUAUCACUACUACCUUAUUCCUUGAUUUGUACGGACCAGGACCUCUGCCCUUUCUGCUAAUGUACACCAUGCAGAGGCAAAGAAGCCCUGGUGAAAGCUAAGCUAGUCCAGGGAGAGAGCAGCCACUCCCUCCUGCCCUUGCCUGGGCUAGACUAGAGAAAGGCUGCCCGGUCCUGAUGAAUCGGAAAGGGCCAUGAUAAUAAAAGAGAAGCUGGUGCAUGAGGA